AAAGUUUUUUUAUGGAAAUGGGUAAUUCCAAAAUACGUGUCUGGCAACCCUUUCUGUUUCUGUUCAAUUUCUGUUGCUGAACUUGCUGAGGAUUUUUUUGCAAAACUUAAAAAUUGGAAGGUUUACAUUUAUUUUGUGGAGAAUAAGCUGGAUUGUUGAGGAUGGAUGAGCUUCGGAGCUUCUUCAACGAUCCGUGCCCUUCGAAAGGGCAGGUAAAGCGGAUAGCUAGCGGGCUGACCGACGGCAUAAACAUCUCGAAGAAUGAUACCUGUGAUCAGCUUACCCGGCGAGAGGCGCAUCGUCGGUCCAUGGUCCCGACAGGCACGGAUUAUGCCCGUGAGAUCAAGCAGAGAGAAAAUGAAAUGUAUAUCAAGAAUGAAUUGGACCGUGAGAAGUGGGAGAGUGUAUCCGGUGGUCUUGAGUCUAUUGAACACUUGUCUUCAUGGGGCGCUUCAAUGUUGAAUGUCGGAGAGCUGACUGAAGAGGCCAUGACCGAGGUGUACAGCAAGUACUCCUUUAAGAAGAAGGAAGAUACAAAUAAACUGGCUAUUGAUGAAUAUAAACAAGAGAUUCUGGACAGAAUCGGCGGCUUCCCCGUAGUGAUCAUCGAGGGGCCUACGGGCUGCGGUAAGACAACUCAGGUCCCCCAGUGGAUCCUCGACGACUGCUACCAGAAACGCAAGCCUUGCAAGAUCAUAGUGACGCAGCCGCGCAAGAUUGCCGCCAUAUCUAUAGCUAGGAGAGUUGCGCAGGAGAGAGGAUGGGAUGUCGGCGGACUUGUCGGGUUCCAGGUGGGACUGCAAAAAGAAACAUCUCCUGAUACUCGUAUUUCUUACGUCACCACAGGAGUUUUACUACAAAAAUUAGUGGCAGCGAAGACGAUGAACGAAUACACGCACAUAAUAUUGGACGAAGUUCACGAGCGUGGCCAAGAGAUGGACUUCCUCCUUCUGGUUGUGAAGAGGCUUCUGUACACUGUGUCCCCUCGCGUCAAAGUGAUCCUAAUGUCUGCCACAUUCAGGAAGAUGGCCUUCGCAGACUACUUUAACAUAUCUGAAGACCACAUCCCGCAGAUGGCUUCAUGCAUUGAAAUCGUGAAGAAAGAACCUACAUUCAGUGUGAAGACUUUCUACUUGAACAACUUGACGAAGUUUGGCUCGAUUCUCCAACAAGCUACACCUCGUGAUGAGCCGUCGAUAGCUACCGAAAUGCACCACCUAGUGAUAAAGCUACUCAACGCGUUCGAGAUGAUAGACAAGCAAGAGGACCGCUACGAGAGCCGCGCGAAUGCAGAUCUGCCCUCCGUGCUCGUGUUCCUGCCCGGCAUCAACGAGAUUGAAGAACUCUACACGCACCUCAACGAUAUGACAUUGAGGGCAAAGCUAGGCGACGCGGAGAGCGCGAAGUACAAGUGGUGGGUGUUACCGCUGCACUCGACGAUCACUGCGGACGAGCAGGUGCGCGUGUUCCAGCGCGCGCCGCCGGGCUCGCGCAAGAUUAUCCUCGCCACCAACAUCGCCGAAAGCUCCAUCACCGUGCCCGAUAUUAAAUACGUUAUCGACUACUGCCUUAUAAAGAUGCUAGUAGCGGACCCGAGCACCAACUUCACCUCCCUACAACUGUGCUGGGCAUCGAAGACCAACUGCGAGCAACGCGCCGGCCGCGCGGGCCGAGUGCGGGACGGACGCGUCUACAGACUUGUCACUGACAAGUUCUAUGACAACUUCAACCAAGAGUGCCGUCCGGAGAUCCUGCGCUGUCCGCUGGAGCGCCUGGUGCUGUUGGCCAAGAUGUUAGAUAUCGGCCCACCCGCCGAUACCCUCGCCCUCGCCAUGGACCCGCCCGACAUGUCCAAUAUACACCGCACCAUAUUAGUGCUCAAAGAGAUGGGAGCCCUAAAGAAGACGUUGAACGACGUGUGGUCUGCAUCUGACGGUGAUAUCACCUACCUGGGCCGCGUGAUGGCCAAGCUGCCGCUGGACGUGCGAGCCUCCAAGCUCAUCAUGCUGGGACACAUCUACGGAUGUCUGGAGGAGAGUAUCAUCAUGGCGGCGUCCAUGUCUGUAAAGAACAUGUUCAGCUUCCACUUCCGCGAGCGACUGAACGGGUACAACUCCAAGCUGACGUGGGCUGACGGGUCCACCAGCGACUGCAUCGCGUUCUACAAUGUUUACAAGGUGUGGAACCACCUGAACCAGCAAAAGUACUUCGAGCAGUCUGGUCAGAACGAGGUGCAAUGGGCGCGUCGGUUCUUCCUGCAAGUGCGUUCGCUGAGGGAGCUCCGUGACCUGGUGCGCGAGUUGAAGAUGCGACUGUCCAGGGAAGGCAUUGAAGUGCAGAAGGAAAGCUCACCUUGGGACCGGACUGAACAAGCGCUUGUGCUCAAGAUAAUAAUGGCGGGCGCAGUCUACCCGCAGUACUUCGUGCAGGUGUCUCAAAACGAGGACCGCGAGCGUGAAGCCGUGCGCACGCUGGGAGGACACGACCCGAGAAAUACGGUAUACUUGAAGAACUUCCCGGACAACCAGCCGGGCGAGAUCUACGCGGCAUCCAUCAAGAAGGCCGUUAUGAAACAGAUUGGUGACGAGCCCCGCGUUACCUUCGAGAAGCUGAGCCCGAAAGUGUACUUGACGUUCAGCGACGCGAACAUGAAGAGUUCGAAGGACAACGCGACGAAGACGGACCCCACCAUCCCCGGCCAAGUGGUGCUGCCGGUGUACAAGGCCAUCAAGGCGCGACAACUCAAGAUGGACAUCAGGAUUCCAUUGCUGCCACCUGAAAAGGCCCACGAGCUGGCUGCUGUCCUUCAGAUGGAGAAAAUGGACAUCAACAUUCAAAAGAUCGUGCCGCGGUUGCCGGACGUAGAUGAUACUCAUUUUCCACUUCGGAUAUCCGAGAAAAUAACAGUCGGCCGUUUCUGGGUGCAAUAUGAAGACGAUUCGACGACGAGUGAGCUGCGUCAAAUCCAAACGUCGUUGAACCGGGCACCUCUGUUGGCUCACACGGGGCCGGUGUGUGAGGGGGACUUGUUCGCGGGGCCCUUCGUAGAGGCCAAAGGGACGAGAAUGCACCGAGUCAGAGUCACCAAGCUACUGCCGAGGGAUAUGGUCGAGGUGAUCUUCAUAGACUACGGGAACACGAUACGUCUGAACGUGUGCAACCUGUACGAGUUACCAGCUGGCAUAGCACAGGAUGUGCCGCCGUUGGCCAUGCAGUGUGUCUUGGCAGAGAUCGCGCCAUCGCCGUUGCUCGACCCUCACGGACAGUGGUCGCCCAAAGCCCAGAAACUCUUCAACGAUCUCACUAGCAAGGGGAAUCUGCUUGGCAAGAUAUACUCAGUGACCCAUGGCGUGAUAUCGAUAGAACUACUAGUGGACAACGGUCGCGUCAACUUGAACCAAGUGUUACUGAAGCAACGCCUUGCGGUGCCCGCCGAAGAAAGCUACGACUCCAAAUUAAACCACGACCUCAGACAGACAUCAACUGAGCUGAACAUGGCGCAGAGACGCGCAUUCAACCGGGAGCAAAUGGAGCAAGCGUACACCUACAUGCAGGACCUGGCCCCGCCGGCGCUCAAAGAGUGCAUCUCUGACGUCUACCUCAAAGGACCCUUCAGUCCCCUAGAGACUACGCUCCAUAACCUGAUGUACGCGAGUAGAGAGAAGGAGGUGACUAUUGAGUGGAACUCUGUCAACUCCGUGCUGCUGGACACGGAGCCACAGGAGAUAUACGAAAGAUUGGUGGUGGCAGCGGACGUCGGCCAGAACGAGACGUCGAGCAAGCUGACGCUGCGGCACACCACCCUCAUGCCCAACAUCCCCGGCCUUCCCGCCAUCAUCGCACUGAUAUUCUGCCCUAUGGCGGAGUUCCGUCGCAACUCGGAGGGCACGCGCUACGUGUCAGCGCUGUGCGGGCUGGGCAGCACCGAAGACGGCACACCGUACUUCCCGGAGCACGACGUGCUCGUCAACAUCGACGCUGACCUCUCCGUCGACGAUAUUGGCACGAUCAACCACGUGCGCUACCUGAUGGACUACAUGAUGUUCUGUAACGAAGGUCAGGAGCAGCCCACAGAGGACGAGUUCCGACCGCAGGUGCCCAAGCUCAUAAGGAAAGACAUCAUCGACUUGUUCAGUAAACGUCGCAAGCACCGCGAGCCGGAGGCGGUGGCUGGCGCGUGGGAAUGGAAGUCAGUCCCAGAUCAUGAACUGUUGGAGAUCACGCGGCCUGAGAUGGUGGAGCACGCGGUCAUAUACCCGCUACACGUGCCGCAAGAACUACACCCUCUAUCGGCUGACCAGCUGAGGCAACUCAAGAAGGAAAACGAUAACUUGAAGAUGCUUGUCACAAGGAACGCAAUGACGUCAACAUCGGAGCUGACGUGCAAGCUAUGCAACACGGCGCCCAUGACAGCUCACGCGAUGCGCAUACACCUCUACUCCACGGGACAUAAAGAAAAGGAGGAAGACUUCAGUAUGUUCGAAGGUUAAUUUCCAACAUUUCAUAUAAAGUUCUACCUAAUAACUCUUGCCAAUUAUGUGAAGAUACGACACCAAAGAUGGUUUUUUCAGUCGUUUAGCUACGGAAGUCACAAAAUCGAUGGCAGGGUUAUUCCAUAUUAUUCAGUUCAUUAGGGUACACUAUAUCUAUCCAGUAGGCUACGCUGUCGUACAUUUGAAAACACGUGCGCACGCCCGUAAAACGUCAGUAUGAUUGCGGCCUUAAAAUCCAUGUCUGAAAAAUAUACAUUGUUUUUAGAGUAAUAUUCAGGGCCAUAUGACUCAAUGGUUUAGUCAAAUCGUUUAUUUGAUUAUAAAUGCCAAGGAGAGAGAGAGAGUUUAUUUGAUUCAGGAAUCUCAAACAAUACGACUCUUGUCAGUAUUAUAGGCUACUUGACUAACUUUUUACGAAACGUCAAAACGUUUCUUUGGAGUUAGUAUGGAAAUACCUGUCCUGUGACGUCAUCAAGAAAAGUGUUCCAACGUCAUACUCAUUGUUACUUGAUUCAUAAAUAAAAUCCAAUUAAAAGUCGAAAAGUAAAAUGAGAUUUUUGAUCAUCUUAGACUGGCUUCUAUUUCUAGAUUAGCAUUUUAUAAUUUUAUGUUUGACCCAGUCAAAUGCUCUGUUAUUGUCAUUUGCUGACAUCGUACCAUAUGUACAUAAUUAUAAAAAAAAACUUCAUGUACUCAAUUGUACUUUAGUCUACAUUAGAUUUAAGAAAUUGAUUAUCUUAUGUGACUACUCGUAAAUAUUUAAGUGAUAAAACUUUAUAGAUCUUAUUACCUCGUUGAUUUUUGUUCGAUUGUUACUAAGUUCUUUAAGUCUACUAUCAAUCCUAAAGGAUAGAUUUAAAUUAGUUUACGGUAUAAUUAAAACGAAAUGACAAUUUAAAAAUCUACUUUGCCGUCUUACGGCUACUUAUUUUUGGUUUCAAAAAAGGGUAAUUGUAACUAUAACGCUUGGUGCACACAGAGGAGAAAGCGAGGCAAGCGAGCCGCGCUCCGUAGUUAGUUAAUUCUAAUGUAAGUCACUUUUUUACGAAACUGCAAAACAAAAUUCCUCGCCCCGGCCCGACUGUCCCGCUUUCGCGGCUCUGUACAUCAACCUUAAAUACACAGACAGGUAUCAAAAUCGUUCACGUACUUUUGAUACCUGUCUUCUAAGUAGCUAACAAUGCGAGAAGUAUUAUCUCAAGUUCUUCAAGAAGGCUGCUUCUCUAUGUGUGAUAACCUUUAGAUUUAAUUAGAUAAGAGUUCCAAAUUAAGAUCAUGGUUGAACUAUAUGUAGCCGGAUCGCAUCGCACUCCUGUUUCUAUCCUUUUCAGCCACUCAGAGCAGUCAUUUGCUUGAGCGAGAUAAUGCGACCGCACGCGUUGAUUCGGACACAGAGCAGUCACACUAGCUCUACUAGGGCUAGUAUAGAAGCAUAGGAAAGUGCGAUGCGAUGCAGCCAGAUGUAAUUCAACCUUCACAGUACCCAUGUUAUUAUUAAGUUAGUUUAAAAUACAUAUAUUGAACCACCUAUAUUCUUGUAAUUCUAAAAUUACGUGUGUCUUAUGACCUUUCGAAGAUAAUUGACGUGAUUAAUCUUGAACGUUAGUUUAAAUCUGUUAUUUACUUUAGUCCUGAUUAAAACGUUUCGAUGUUUCAA